AUGGUGGAAGUUCUCUGGGAGGAGGCGAAGGAGGAGGAGCGCGGAGCAGCUCUCAUUGGCAGCCGAAUCCGCAUCUGGUGGGAUGGAGACAUGGUGUGGUACGAAGGGAAGGUCGUAGGCUACGACUCGGCCACAGCGAAGCACCAGCUCAUCUACGACGGCGUGGACACGGAUGUGUACAUCGAGGACCUGGAAUCGGGUUCAGAACAGUGGGAGAUUGAGCGAGCAACCGAAGGCGGCGAGCCGGGGGCAGCAGAAGCUAAGAAGGCGGUUGGCGAAUCAUCGCAGUCCGGAGGGGGCGCGACCACUCCAACGGGGAGAAAGUCCAAGUACCUGACAAUGGUGCUGGAGUCUAUCAGCGCGCUCAACGAAAAGAGCGGGGUAUCUCUACCCUCCAUCCGCAAGUGGAUCCAGGACAAGCACCCCGAGACGAAGGAGAAGCAGAAGGCCAGCUUCAACAAUCUCACCAUCAAGGCCGUGAUGAAACUCGUGUCCGAGGGGGUGGUGGAGAAGGUCAAGCACUCGUACCGCCUGUUUCCGAAGUGCGUCGCGGACGAGAAGGCUAGCGCGAAGGAGGAGCCACGGCGGAAGGGAGGGAGCACUCCUGCUGUGCUAACCCCACAGGCCAAGACGGGACGGAAACCUUCCGGUACGGGUCGAAAGCCUGCUGCGCCCAGGGCAACGGGGGGUAGAGGGGAGGCCGCGGAAGCGAACAGGAAGAUGCGGGCGACGAUGGAGGAAGUAGCUCGAAAACGAAACGAGUUUCUCUCCAAGAGGAGAGCAUUUCUGCUGCCCUUCAUGCAAGCCAGCGACAACUUCUUCGCCAGGAUGGAUAAGUCCCUCGCUCUGGGACAACAGCAGCAGCUAGAGGAGGAGGAUAGAGACAAGGCGACAGAAAAACCCGCCGUUGAAGCCGCAAACCCGGAUCUCCGAAAGACAGAAGUAGAGACGGAGCGAAGUCGGCAUCCCACAGAAGAAUCCCAUGCCGAACGAGGGGGUGAUGGUCAAGCCGGGGAGGGCGGCGGUGGAAAGGGGGGAGAGAGAGGGGCGCUCUCGCCGGAGGAGAGACAGCCUUCGCCGCCGCUGCCGCCACCGCCGCCGCCGCCGGCGGCACCAGUACCGGCACCUCCGCGAGAGGUUAACCCCAUGGACGACAUCGACUUUAAGGCUAUCCCCGCGGACCCGAUGACGGUGGCGGAGACCCUGGUUAAGCUGUCUCAGCUGCAGGUGGACCUCAACUACAACCACGUGUACUACCUCGAGAAGCGGGAGAGCCUGGCACCCCCGCUCCCGCCCGAGCCGGUCCUCGGCCCCCACGGGUGGGUCUACCCACCCCCGCCCGUGCCACGGAUCAUCGGCCGCACGACCGCGCUCAGGCUGAGGUCGGGGGAGUUCGUUCAGCACCGGAGCGGCUUCAUGAAGCGAACGCAGUCGUACGCGAAGCGCAACAACAUCCCCGUGGACAACCUCGUGACCUUCAGCAUCAUCAACCCGCACACCCAACGGCGGUACAACGUCACCCGAGAGUUCUGCGCGGCGCCGUACUACGCGGCCAUCUACAAGCGCCUCCUGAAGGACACCCUGCGCAAGAACCUUUCCCUCGCCCCCGUCGUCACCCGGCAGGCGCCAUCCUCUGCACGACGCGUCGCGGACGCCACCGCUGCGCUCGCCGCGGGCGAUCCAUCUAGAGCUAGUAGCCACGGGGGCAGCAGCGGCAGCGACGGCCGCAGCAGGGACGCCGCCGAACGACCUUCGAUGUCGGCGGCAGCGGCGGUGGCGGCGGCGGCGGUGGCGGCAGCCGGCUUGGAGCGCUCGCCGACUGGGGCAGGGCGGGGGGGCGGCGGAGUGGGCAACGGGUCGCGCCACCACCCCCGAUCUGCAUCGCUGUCGCCGCCCAGGAGGAGCCACCAGCUGCCGCGGGGCCCCGGGGGUAUCGACAUCCUGUCUUGCCCGGCAAAGGACCCUCCGCUGGAAGGCGGCGGCGGGGCGGGGCGGAUGCACGUCCGGUCGGUGAGCUCCGCCGAUGUCACCGCCGCGGUGGCUGGCGCCGAGGGCGCCAACGACGCGGCGGUAGCGGCGGCGGCGAUGCUGGGGCUGGGAGCGGAAGUGUUUGCGGGCAGGGGCGGAAGGGGCCCCGCGGCCGCGAAGGAGAGUUGUGGGUCUUCGGGUGCUGUCAGGGGGCCGCCGGGGCGGGCGGCCGGGGGUGAGGGCGGCGCCGCCGUUGCUCCUGCCCCCGCUCAUCGCUCAGACAGCCACGCGGACAAGAUUCGCGUUGAGCCGGACACGGCGCGAGACCGACAUCACGCUGCUUGGGCAGCGACGGAGGUGACACUGGCACGGCGGGAGAACGGCGGUGGCGUUACGAGCGAGCGACGAAGCGCGAACGGGGGAGGGGCGGAGGCGGAGGCGGAGGCGGAGGCGGAGGCGGAGGCGCUGUUUGAUGGGAGAGAGGAGGAACAGCUUCGACGUGAAAGAGCGGGCGGAGAUGGUGGUAAGCAGGAGGGACCGCGGGAGGUGAAGGGCGGAGCUGGAGCGGAGGAGGCGGUGAAAGAAGAGGGGAUGAAUGUGGAGGAGCCCCUGUCGGAGAGAAAGGCAGAGGAUGAAGACGUAGAUAUGGCGGCGGAGGAUUUCGACCCCUCGAAUGUUCUCAAGGGGGUGCCCGCCGUCAACGUGCCGGAGUCGAUCAAGGCAACUCUCCAAGGUUACCAGAGAGACGGGCUGAGCUGGAUGGUGCACAUGUACAACAACGGCAUGCCCCUCAUCUUGGGGGAUCAGACGGGUCUCGGCAAGACCCUCCAAGGCAUCGCUCUCAUCGCCCACCUGCAGCAGUUGCAGGAGGACACGGAACGCGUGAGCGGCCCCUUCCUCAUCGUGGUGCCCUCUGACGCCCUCGGCACCUGGAUGUCCGAGAUUGACAAGUUCUGCCCCAGCCUGCGCACAGUACGCUUCCACGGGUCGAAGGAGGAGAGAAGUCGCAUCAAGGAGACGGAGAUGAAGGACUUGGUCGAGUCGGAAGUGGUGGUGACGACACACGAGACGUUUUCGGCGGAAGGCAGCUUUUUCAAGAAGCGCUCGGUGCUGUGGCAGCUGGUAGUCGUCGAUGAGGGGCACCGCCAACUGAAAAACGACAAGUCCCAGCUCAGCCAAAAGCUCAAGCAGGUGAAUACGAUGUGCCGGGUGCUUCUCACGGGCAUGCCUCCGAGGACCGACGGUGGCAUGAACGACCUUCGCGAGCUCUGGGCGGUGCUGCACUUCCUCGUGCCAGACGUCUUCCCCGAGGACACCGCGGAGAGGUUCGAAGACGGAGUCGACGCGGCAACGGGGGCUUGCUAUCCUCGAAGGGUCGACCAGGCGAACGACCUUCUCUCGGUGUUCAUGCUCCGGAGAGCAAAGGCGCAGGUCAAGCUGGACUUGCCGCCGAGAGAAGAGGUGAAGAUAUUGGUCAAGCUUACCCCUGCCCAGCACCUGGUGUAUCGCCACCUGCUGGUCAUCCAAGACCGAAAAUUGGCCGAUGCUAUCAGGGUGGAGGGGCAGAAACACGACGGAGUUGGAGCAGGAAGAGGGGGGGACGGUGGGCCCAUGUCCCCGGGUCGUGCGGUGGCAGGGGAGAGCUGCGGGGAGGGCAGGGGGGACGCGAACGGGGAAUGCCGGGAGGAUGAGAUGGCGGCGGUGGUCAAGCGGGAGGACGAGCACUACCAGAAGCUGAUGACCUUGUUGGUGCACCUCCGCAAGGCGUGCAAUCAUCCGCACAUGCUAGUGGACGUGGAGCGCAGUGUUGGGGAGACGGAGUCACAGACGGUGGAUUACACGGUGGCGGCUUCGGGAAAGCUGGCGUUGCUGGACAGGAUGCUGCCCAGGCUCCAGGCGAAGGGGCACCGCUGCUUGAUCCUCUCGCAGUUCGCGUCCAUGCUGGACAUCCUACAGGACCUCUGCCUGGCGAGAGGCUAUGAGCACGGUCGCCUGGACGAGUCGACCAGCAGCCCCCAGACAAGACUGGACGCGCGCCGCUUCAACGCUCCGGAGUCGAAGGUUUCGGUGUUGCUCGUGCCGACUAGGAUGACGGGGGCGUCUGGCGGCCUCAAUCUCACCGCCGCGGAUACGGUGAUCCUGUACGAUAGCCACUGGAACCCCCAGGUGGACCUGCAAGCGAUAGAACGGGUGCACCGAAUCGGCCAGUCCAAGCCGGUGAAGGUUUUCCGCCUGUUGUGUAGGCGUUCCGUGGAAGAGAGGAUAGUCGCGGAAAGAAGACGACAUUAUGACUGCGCAAAAAUGGACGUGGAUGAGUGGGGCUCGCCAGACUCUGCCAAGGGACACAGGGGCCGCGACCACAGGGAUGAGAAAGACGCGCAGGAGGCGUUGGCGGUUGGGGGGGAGGAAGACUCCAUGUCCAAGGGAGAGCUGGCAUCGCUCAUCCAUGAGGGGGCGCGUGCCGUGGUCGAACCCCAGGAGGACGGCGAUCUCACGGACGCAGAGCUAGACGCGCUUAUCGCAACCCCAUCCUCUCCCAGCACAACGCUCUCGGGGGGGGGGAGAGAAAGCCCGCCUUUGUCUCCGUCAGCCGGCCACGCCACCGCACCAGCGGCAACAACAGCGGCGGCGACGGCGAUAGCGAACGCCCUUGCAGUCGCCGGUCGGUUCGGCUCACCGACGGCUAGCAGCAGCGGUAGGAGCGGCGGCGGCGGCGGCGGCGGCGGCGGGAAGAGGAAGGUAGGGAGCGGGGACAAAAACCCGUCCCGCUCGCGGGGGCUGAGGGAGGCGGAUCUCCGGCAGCUGGAUGGGAAGUCCGGCGGGUUGUUCGGGGGGGGCGUGCACGGGAGUGUCUUGGGGAAGCGGGCCAGGAAGAGCUGUAUCGUGAUGUUGAGAGACGGAAACCCCGGGGGCCGGGGGAGGCUGGCGAUCGUCACCAACGCACCUAAAGACGCCACAGCAGCAGCAGCAGCAGCUAGGCCCGGUAGCGGCGGCAGCAGCAUCGAUGGCGGUAUGCCGAAGCCCUACCAUCGUCAGUGGCAAAGCAUGGCCGUGUGCGCCCUCUGUGGCGAGGGCCCGGAUCGAUCGAGGCCGCUCACUUCUUGCGGGUUGUGUCCGCGGUCGUAUCACGGUGGCUGCUUAGAAGCUUCCGGCGUGGACUACGACGCCACAGCUGGAGAAGGCGUGUUUGUGUGCCCUCAGCACCGGUGCGUGGCGUGCACGAAGGCGGCGGCAGGGCGGGGGCUGCUGUUCCGCUGCCAGGCGUGUGCCAAGGCGUACUGCGAAGACUGCCUCCCCGGGGAUGAGGUGGAACCCCUAGCGCGAAAUCCGCAGCUGGAGGCCCUCGGCUAUCUCGCCAAGCAAGCGUACUGGAUCCGGUGCCAGCCGUGCGUCAACGGGGAGCUGCAAGCGAAGCUUCGAGCCAGUAUCACCGGCGCUUCCGGUAGCAUGGACGGGAGAGAAGGCUCUGACGCCCGACAGGACGAAAAAACAGAAGGAGGCGUUGGCGACGAGGCUGGGAGAGGGGGCAACUCGGCGGAGGUUGGCGGAGAGGUGGAUGCGGCGGAAUCCGAAUCGGAGUCUGAGUCGGAUUCCGAACCGGAACCAGAACCGAAACCGAAACCGAUGCCGUUCGCGGUGGCUCUGACGCUGCUGCGGGAUCAUCCAUCGGCGAAGGCGGCCUUCCUGAAGCCUAGCGGUACCCCCGCGUCAUCAGCAGCCGGGGGUUCUUCGUCCAGCCCAAAGCGACCGCGGAAAGCAGGGGCGGUUAGCGCCGAUCUCCUCGCGAAGAAGGUGGAGGCGGGAAGGUACCGCAGCGCUACGGCUUUCGAGAGCGACGCCAGGCAGAUGCUCACCCAGGGGAAGGGGCCUCGGAGCUUGAGCCCCGAACAGAAAAAGAUGGUGGCGUUUUUCGAGCAAGAGAUUUUGCCGAAGCUCCUCAUCAAGUCGUGACGGCGUGAUGGAUGGUCCGUCUGGUCUUCCACAUGGACGGACCGAUCGAUCAACGUAUGUAUGGACAAAUCGAUCGUGGACCGAAAACGAGUUUUUCUUCUUGCUUUUUUCCCCUCCUACCCAAGCGGCCACGCCCAAGGAAGGGAGUCUAGUCCAAGGUUGGGCUGCUGUGGCAAUACAGAGCAGCUUUCUUUGAAUUUUGUCGAGCUUUUGUUUACACGUACGUCGUCGUCGUGUCAGGGAACCGUCGCCGGUACGUAGCGCUUGUACCUGGUGGGUGGUAUGUACACGGGGUGUUUAGCUGGUGGGUGCUGCCGACCGGGGCGUUGCUACUGCUGCCGGCGCCGCUGCUUCUGCUUCUGCUGCUGUGGUUGGUGGUUGCUGCUGCAGCCAGCAGCUCGUGGUGGUGACGAAAGGCCGAAAAGCGUUGAUCGCGCUGCCACGACAUGCGGUGCUGUUUCCUCGGUUAUGCGGGUGCAGUCGGCGUGAGGGCUGCGCUUUUUUUGCUGCUGAGUGAGGCUAAGCUGAUUGAUGCCAUCCGUGGUACUCGUUCGGGCGCGCUUGGUCGGGGCCUUGCAUUGUAUUUUGUUGCUUUUCGGGGUCAUGUCUUCAUCUGUGUUCGAUUGGUCGGUACUGUUUUUCUCGUCUUUCCGCCCAGAACGGAAGAAGCCGCUGCCACUCGCUGCUGUAGAUCGUUUUUGCGUCAAUUUAUUUUUGGCUCGUGUGCACCGGCGUGCCCUCC